ACCGAAAUACAAUGUUAACGUAACGUUUUCAUUGGUUAACUUUGUAUUCUCAGAUGGCGUCUCGAAAAAUUUUCUGAUUGUGACGUUAACGUUCCUAGCAGCAACCAGUCUUAUUCUGUGUUUGUCAGAGAGAUACCACGAUUUAAAGAUGAUGAAAAGCUUCCUAAUUCUGUUGUGUGUUCUAAUACAACUGACUGUCAUCAAUAAAAAUACUACCUCAAGAUUGGUUUGAACUUCAUGGAUGUACUAUUGGUGUUUAUGUGCUUUAUUGUUUCUUACGUUGUAUUCGAAAGAUACAGAUUCAACAACAAAUUGGGGAAACAAGUUCAACUGUUGAGGAGAAAUUCAGUGAACCACGAUGUAUUGAUCAGUAGAUUAUCCCCCUUUCUCGAAGACUCUCGAAGCAGAAAUUCAGGGAUUGAAAUGCCUUUGAGAAAACUGAAUAGAAGUAUAGAUUAUUUAGUCUCAGAUAUAAAAAGCCACAACAGUGAACUGGAAAAAAUUCAAACCCAAUUUACAAGUUUCAAAGUAGAAUGGCUUGAGCAAUCCAAACUGUACGUAAACAUACCGGAAAGUGUUAUAGUAUCCAGCAUUGAAGCUCCACAGAUAGCAAGCGAACUGGAGAGUCUGAGAGAUUAUAUAGAAGACGCAUUAGACAAAUUCAGAGUAGCAAUGGAGAGCAAUCGGUCUUCAUUAGACACAGCAAAAUCAGCUGUUGAACAGUUGUUAAUAUCAGAAGGAAUUUAAAGGAUUGGAACCAAAGAAGACGGUAGUUAUUAAAUAAAACAUUCCAUUGCAUAAACUAGUUACAAUCUAUUCUGCCAAAAUAUGUUUUUUCAAAAUUACUUUAAAACUGAAGACUCAUACAAUUUUAAGCACUUCAGAAACUGGGUAGUACUA